AUGAAGAUGACGUUUGCGUUCCAGUUGUUUCGCGAUUUGAUUAAACGAGGAUGCUGCUCGCGUUCGGCUCGAAAACAACGAGCAGAGAAGAUUCGCAAGGCUGAGGCCCGAGUGAUUGCCACCCGUGCGUUGGCCGAAAAACCAAACUCAUUUCUCCUUGGUCAAGUAAUGGCGAUCACCAGCUUGUCAUCGGAUUUGGUCCGCACCGGAAAACAACUGGAUUUAGAACAAGGUGACGACGAGAGACUAGCAGAGCCAGGUCCAUCGACCGCGUGA